UUCAAGAUGGCUGCGAACUUUCAACAUCCCUUCCAAUGCUUCCGAUUCGUGCCGAGGCCUAAUACAAACCUCCUUAUCGGGUCGGCUGGCUCCAAGCUCUACUCCUACUCCGCCGAGACUGGCGAGCGGCUUGCGGUUUGGCCACAGGAAGUAGCCUCAACCAAUGCCAAUGCGGUUGACGCAGAUUCUGGUUCCGAGCAAGGACCCCCGGGAAAGAAGAGAAAGGUUUCUGCAUCUGAAACCCAGACAAACGAGAAACCUGCUUGGUCAAACAUCCCCAUCCUGACCACGACCACGAAUGGGGAGUACAUAGUUGCGCUCACCGCCGAAGACAAGUGUGUCCGUGUCUUCCAGCUCCAGGAAGAUGGCUCAUUUACUCAAUUGAGCGAGAGAGCCAUGCCCAAGCGCCCAUCCGCCAUUACCCUAACUAGCGACGACACCACCAUUCUAUGCGGUGACAAGUUCGGAGACGUCUACUCGCUGCCGCUGAUUCCCAGCGAUAAGCUCCCUGUUAUCACGAAAGCUUUGAGAAGCGCAACACUCAGCCACCCGGCCGCAACCAAUCUGACCGUGCACACCAAGGGCAACCGACGGGCUUUGGAGCAGCAAUUGCGUCUUGCCAGCCAAGGCAAAAAGGACGAGAAGGCCCCGGGCCCAGCUUUCGAACACACAAUCUUGCUUGGCCAUGUAUCGUUGCUCACGGAUAUGGCCUAUGUGUCGCUUCCGGUGGAUGCCAACAAGAAGCGCAGCUACAUCCUGACCGCCGACCGAGACGAACAUAUCCGCGUCUCCCGUGGUCCUCCCCACGCGCACGUCAUCGAGAAUUACUGCCUGGGUCACACUGCAUUCAUCAGCCAGCUCUGCGUGCCUCACUGGGCGCCCGAGUAUCUUGUCUCCGGCGGAGGUGACAACUAUCUGCUUGUCUGGAAAUGGGCGGAAGGCCGUAUCCUCCAGAAGGUUUCUUUGGUCGAUGAAUCAUCACAGGCCACAGAAGUUGCUGUUCAUGGCAUCUGGGCUACCUCACUUGGGGACCUGCGGGUCAUCCUUGUCGCGCUUCACGGAUCCUCACGCCUCCAAUGCUUUACGCUGGAAGCAGACGGCACCCUGAAAGCACAGAGCCCCAUCCAACUCUCCGGCAACGCCCUCGCCCUUACACCCAUUGAGAAAGACAACACCAUCCUUGUCUCCGUCGACACUAUCCGCCAGCCAGACACCACCCAAGAAUGGAGAGCCAGCGCCUCCUCCCCAUCCACCCUCAUCGAGGCAUUCCACAUCAAAUCAACCACCGAUACCCUGGAAUGGGAACCUGCCACGGCGUCCGUGACCAAGAAGAUCAACUCUACCGGCACCGACGAAGUCCCCGCAACCACCGAAGAGAAGCAACGGAAGGAACUUAAUGACUCCCUGUACAACCUGGGACAUCUUCGAAAGAGGAAGGGUGAGGACGAGUAAAAAGAAAAGUUUGGUCUUUUGCAAUAGAUAAUUUCCCAUUGGAAGGAAUGUAUAUAUCAACGAGUUACUCAAUGACCUUUUCUAGCGCCUAUACAUAGUGGCAGCCCAC